AUGUUUCUGACGCCCCGAGUCACUGCAGCAACUGCCGUGUCACAGCUGCCCGAAGUUGUUGAAGGUUUAGCGGCGUUGUUGAAGAUCGAGACCAAAUCCGACAAAUUCGACGCCGACACCCAAUCCGACGAAGACACCCAAUCUGACGCCGAGACCAAAUCCGACGCCGCGACCCAAUCCGACGCCGACACCCAAUCCGACGAAGACACCCAAUCCGACGCCGACACCCAAUCCGACGAAGACACCCAAUCCGACGAAGACACCCAAUCCGACGCCGACACCCAAUCCGACGAAGACACCCAAUCCGACGAAGACACCCAAUCCGACGCCGACACCCAAUCCGACGAAGACACCCAAUCCGACGAAGACACCCAAUCCGACGCCGACACCCAAUCCGACGAAGACACCCAAUCCGACGAAGACACCCAAUCCGACGCCGACACCCAAUCCGACGAAGACACCCAAUCCGACGAAGACACCCAAUCCGACGCCGACACCCGAUUCGACGAAGACACCCAAUCCGACGAAGACACCCAAUCCGACGCCGACACCCAAUCCGACGAAGACACCCAAUCCGACGAAGACACCCAAUCCGACGAAGACACCCAAUCCGACGAAGACACCCAAUCCGACGCCGACACCCAAUCCGACGAAGACACCCAAUCCGACGAAGACACCCAAUCCGACGAAGACACCCAAUCCGACGCCGACACCCAAUCCGACGAAGACACCCAAUCCGACGCCGACACCAAAUCCGACGAAGACACCCAAUCCGACGCCGAGACUGAAUCCGAGGCAGAGACUGAAUCCGAGGCUUUCUUUUAUCACUAA